UAAUAACUGUCUCAUCAACGGUAACUGGAAACCAUACUGCCCCAUCAACGAUGAAGUCGGUUUGUGCUUGAUGCUCAACUUAAGAGCUGCUAAACACGUUUGUCAGUCUGCUGGAAUGGAAUUCUACAAACCUUUCUCAGUGGAACAAUUCAGAAAGGAUUUGAACGAAAUUGAAGAGUGUCUUCUGGAGAAAAAUGAGUUCUUCAAUGGCGUGUUUUGGACUGAGCUUGCGUGGCCCGAUUAUUCCUUGGAGAAUACAUCAUCAUCCGAUAGUUACAAAUGGUUCAGCUUAGAGGUAGAAAAAUACUGGCAGAAACAGCCGGAUAGUGAUCCAGAAACUUACAGUGGCUUCAUUGCAGUACUCUUGCACAAAAGCAAUCAGUUGGAAUUGGCUGUUGAGAAGGAAGACAGCGGCUUGACUUUUUUUUGUAUGAAGUAUAUAAAAAACGAUACUUGGAUGUCAACAACGGAUCUUCUCACUAUAUCUACAGACAGAUUCAAGGACAGUACUCUAACUGAUACAACUGUUACUGACUUCACUGGAACUUUAUCUAAUACUACUCCAGUCACACUCACGAGUGAAAUUUCAUCUGAUACAACUACUGCAAAGGACAUUAAUGAGAUAAAUAACAAGUGCCUCAUCGGGGGAAAAUGGACUCCGUAUUGCCCUGAGAACGAUGAUAUCGGUUUAUGCCCGGAACUCAAUUAUACUGCCGCUGUGAGCACCUGUGAGUCCAUUGGAAUGGAAAUCUACUCACCUUACUUAAUAGAAGAGUUCAGAAUGGACUUGAAAGAACUUGAAUCGUGUAUUCUAUCGAAAAAGAAAUAUUCUUAUAAUGGUUUCUGGACUGGAAUGGCGUGGCCUGCAAUUUGGUCAGAGAUUGCAUCAUCUAAAAAUACUUACGAAUGGUUUAAGAAGGUUGCUGAAAUAAACGAUCACCCAGACUAUUCUUCAUUUAUCAUAGAUGGCUAUAUCACAGUUUUGUUCGAAAAGGAUAAGUUGGUGUUGAAUGUUGGAGAAACAUUUCGAAAAUUGCCAUUUUUCUGUAAGAAAUUUGCUGCAAGUUCUACUUGGGUAUCAAAAUUAGAUGUUACUACUAAAACUACAGAAGGAUACAUGAAAAAUACUCAACCAGAUACUACUGCUGCCACAGACUCUAAAGAAACUUUACCGGAUACUACUCCUGUCGACGACUUUAAAGACAAUGAGUGUCUCAUCAACGGAAGAUGGAUUCCGUAUUGUCCGGUGGGUAACUAUAAAAUUGAUUUAUGCCCCCGACUCAAUUUUACUGAUGCUGAAGAGAUGUGUGUGUCACAUGGCCUGCAGUUCUACAACCCUAUUUCAGCGGAACAAUUCAGAAGUGACUUAAAGGGAAUUGAGGCGUGUUUCCUAUCCAAAAAUAAACAUUUCUAUAAUGGUUUCUGGACUAGAAUUCCGUGGCCUGCUUUUUCGUUAAAGACUACGUCGUCAAUGAAGGCUUUCAAAUGGUUGACGCAGAGAGUUAUGGUAGAGUUCGGAAGGGAAGACUGGGAUACUUCAACAUUUAACAACUAUUACAUUACAGUCGAACAGAACGAGAACAAUAAUAUAAUGUUACUUCUUAAAAAAACACACGACUUUUUGCCGUAUUUUUGUGUGAAGUAUUGGGAAAAAUCUUCUACGAUUUCUCAGAUCUCCACAAAAACUACAGAAGGAUUCGUGGGCAAAACUCUACCAGAAACUUCUCAUGCCACAGACUUCACUGACACUCUACCAGAUACUACUACCGCUAAACAUAUCAGUGAAACUCUACCUGAUUCUACCACCGUCUCAGAAUCUGAAGUGAUAAAUAAAAAGUGUCUCAUCAACGGAAGAUGGGCUCCAUAUUGUCCCAUGUUCAGAGAAAUCGGUCUAUGCUCACCAGAAAUCUUUGAUGCAGCUGAGGACAUCUGCGAUAAUAUUGGAAUGGAUUUCUACGAACCUUCUACAAUGGAAGAGUUCAGAGAGGACAUAAAAGAACUUGCAGCAUGUUUUCAACCAACAGGUAAGAAACAUAUUAAUAAUUACUUUCAUGAUGGGAGCAACGUUGGCCCACCUAACAGGGUACUCCUGAAAGAGUGGCCAGCAAAUCUGCACUUCUUAUAUCUGAAUGACGAGUGUCAAUUAGUUGGGCUUUGGAAAAAAAAAGAUAAAAAUUCAUAUAAAGAAUUUUGGACUGGAGUAGCGUGGCCUGCUUCUUCCUUAGAAGCUACUUCAUCGGAGGACAAUUACAAAUGGUGGAAGAACAAUAUUAAAGAAUUCAAAAUGAAGAACGGAAAUAAUGUACCAGGAAACAAAAAGAGCUACGUUACUGUAGUUUUACACAGGAACAAUGAAUUGGAGUUUCUUAUUAAAAAAUCGGUGAACAAAGCCUCAUUUUUCUGCAAGCAGUAUUUAACAAUUUCAAAACCAGUCGAAACUACAGAAAGUGAUAUGAAGGGGACUCAACCUGCUACAACUCCCAUCAAAAACUUCAGUGAAACUUUACCAGAUACAACUUUCGUGACGGAUGACAAUGAUACUCUUCCUGAUACAACUUAUACCACGGACUUAGAUGAGGUCAAUGAUGAUUGUCUGAUCAAUGGUAGAUGGAUUCCUUACUGUCCAUUAAACGGAGGGAAAAAAGGGUUGUGCCCUGCUGCUAAUAUCAAAUCUGCUAAAAUAACUUGUUUUAAACCUUAUAUGGAUUUAUACACUCCGAAAUCUCUUGAAGAAUUCAGAGAAGACCUACAAGCACUUAAAACGUGCAUCAUAGCUAAAAGCAUUGAGAAAACACCUCCUAAAGCGGUAGAAGUUGGCUUGUUUGCUGACGACAUCAUUCUCUGGAGCUCUGGAAAUGAUUUAGUUGAAAUGGAGAAGAAUCUCAACAAUGCAUUAUCUGGUUUUUCAGACUACGCUUUGGAGUUCAACCUUUGUUUUAAUCCUGCCAAAUCCAUGGUCGCUUUCUUUACCACCAACAAAAGAUUGUACAACUAUCAGCCAAAUAUAAAGAUGGAUAACAGGAAUCUUGCUUACGAAAAGCAUCCAAUAUAUCUCAGAUAUGUCUCAGAUCCAGAAUGGACAAGUAACAAACAUAUUGAACAUAUUGUCUCAAAGUGCGGAAAACGAUUAAACUUACUUAAAUAUAUUGCGGGUAAAGAUUGGGGAGCCGAUGCUGUCACGUUAAGAGAUACCUAUUUGACUCUCAUUAGAUCCAUCCUGGAAUAUGGCUUUCCUGUGUACUGCUGUGCUUCUGCCACUAAUGUGGAUAAAUUGGAAAGGGUCCAAAUAAGUGCUGCAAGAAUAAUUACUGGAUUCAGACGUAGUUGCCCUAAAGAAAUAGUCCUCAUUGAGGCUGAUCUUCUACCUCUUCAAACUAGAAGAAAGGCUAAUCUAACCAAUUACUUCAACAAACUUUCUAGCUAUGGCGAGAUUCCCAGUGGCGCCGUAAAAAUUUACACAGACGGUAGUGGACUGGAAGACCUAGCUGGUAGCGGCGUUUUCGUUGAAAAAUCUGGGCAAAAUUACUCCAUCUGUCUCCGUAAUCCGGAUUUCACUUCAGUCUUUAGAAGCGAAUUAAUCGCAAUUGAACAGGGCAUCGAUGUGACUUUGAGCGAGAGUGACUUUGGAGGUCUUUGGAUCUUGUCGGACAGUAGCAACUCCCUUCAACACCUACACAAUUGGACUAAAGUUGGAGACAAAACAAGCAUCUCCAUCCUUCUAAAACUUCAACUUAUUUCAAAGCACCACGACGUUCAUCUACAGUGGAUACCAUCCCACGUUGACAUUUUUGGCAAUGAGCAAGCGGAUCGCUUGGCCAAGGGGAGCUGUAGUUAUUCAACACCUUCGUCCUCAACCCCUACCUACUCAGAGAAUCAGUCCAAAAUCAGAAGUCAUCUAUCAAAAAAGCAUGAAACUGUAUCAGAAGCUACUAUUACGACAGAUAUCCAUGAAACUUCACAGAAAAAUACUGCUUACGUCACAGAAGCCGAUGAGACAGAGCAGUUGAGGAAUUGCCGCCUAGACAAUAAAUGGAUUCCUUAUUGCCCAAUAACAAAAGAAAUCGGAUUGUGUCCUGAACACAGAUUUCCAGAAGCAAUGUCAACCUGUCGACAGUACAGCAUGCAUUUCUCACCUGCCAGUUCAUUCACAGCACUAAGAAAAGAGUUAGGAAUUCUUAGAAAGUGUAAACUAUCAAAGAGAUUCACAAAGGAAACAACAGUCAAUCAUUACUGGUCUUGGUGUAGUUGGCCGCGUGAUUUUAGAUUAACAACUGAUUUAAGUUCAGACGAAGAAUUCAAAUGGGUGGUAGAAAAUAUCGUUGCAGAUGACACAGAAGAAGGAUACAUCUCAGUAAUGUACGAUGAAACUUAUUUUAAAUUAACUAUUCAGAACGCAUACGCAAUGGCGCCGUUUUUCUGUCUGAAGGACGUCAAAUCUUUCCAAACGACACCUACUGAAAUGACAAGGAAUGAAACAGUUCCAGAAACAACUUACGACGAAGACUUCAAUGAAUGCUUCAUCAGAGAGAGUUGGAUUCCUGUUGUACCAUUCAAGCAGACAAUCAGUCAUCACUUCGUUAAGGAUAAAAUAGAAGCACGACUUGUCUGUCGUGAAAAUGAAAUGAGUCUCUACCAAAUCAAAACUCUGAAAAAAUUUAAGGAAGACUUUCAAGCACAUGAUUCAUGUACGCCAUCAAAAAGUACAACAUCCUCGGUUCAUUUUAAGACUUUGGACCUACAGUCUAGCUAUAUAUUUGCAACUGACUAUCCGGUCGAAGUAUACGAAGGGACAGUGGAACAGCUGGAAGACUACGAUUUGGCGAAGUAUAACUUGGGGUCAACCGAUUAUGGUUUCAUCGCAAUCAUGUUCGUGAAAAACGCGUCUUUGUUUCUAGUUCAGCAAUCAGUAAGGCGUGUACCUUUCUUCUGCGUGAAGGAUUCAGCACGUAAUCUGACACCAGACUGGAAAUUAUUUACUGACUCUACACCAAGGACUGAAACUAUACCAGAUAGUACAACAUUCAUCACGGACUUUAAGGCAACUUCACCGGAUACGACUUACUUCACAAAUGAUGAUGAGACUACUUUAGAUACUACUUACGUUACUGAUUUCAAUGAAGUAAAUAAUGAUUGCUUGAUCGAUGGGAGAUGGACUCCUUUCUGUCCUCUAAAAAAAGGAGGAAUUGGUUUGUGCCAUCCAGAAAACUAUCGACAUGCUACGGUAACUUGCUUUCAGUACGACAUGAAAUUAUACUCACCCAAAUCUCUUGAAGAAUUCAAAACGGACUUGCAAGCACUUAAAACAUGCAAACUUUUGAAAAAUGAAAAUGCUCCUUUUCAUUCCUGGACUCAGAUUUGGUGGCCAUUGGAGGCCUCUGGACGUGAAAUAGAAUCAACGAAUCAAAGUUAUGAUUGGAUGAAAUUAAAACUUGAUGCAUACAGAGAGAAAAACCCAUCUGAAAACUUACUAAACAGGCCAGGUCCCAUUACUAUACUCUAUGAAAAAGAUGACUUUCAGUUGAUUGAAGAAAAAAUCUAUAACAAGAUUCCGUUUUUUUGUCAAAAAUAUUCUAAACUAUCAACCCCAGAUUAUUUUACAGAAACUACAGGAAGGUGA